UUCUGCAGUUCUACUUCCACCGCGCUAUAGAGGCCUAUCGCUCCGGCCGUAACCGUGAUUUCCGCCAGUUCCGCGACAUCAUGCAAGCGCUGCUCGUGCGGCCCCUGGACAGGGAGCCGGAGAUGGCCCAGAUGCUCCGGAUAAUGCAGCUGCUGUCUCGGGUCGAGGAGGGCGAGAACCUCGGGAAGCGCCGUGACCCCCCAACAAAAGUGUGGAUGCCAAUUCUUAUAGAUUGCACCUUCGACAAGGAGUCAGAGCUGACCCCACUGGAGUCGGCCAUGCUCGUCCUGGACUUCAUCCGUGAGGAAUUCUCUGUGGCCGACAGGACGAUGGAGGCUGUGCAGAAAAUGGUGAAGGAAGCUGCUGUGGUUGUUUGUAUCAGAAACAAGGAGUUUGAAAAAGCUUCCGAUAUCGUCAAGAAGCACAUAGGGAAGGAGCCCAGAAACCAAAAGAAGAGGAAUGAGUGGCUGGCUGUCAUCCGGGAGAAGAACCCCUCUCAUCCAAAGGUCAAAAACUUCUCCUACGAGGACUUCCAGCAGAGCAUCUUUGAGUUCCUGAAGGGCUACGUGGACGACUCGGAGCCAGCGCUGCUGACGUUACUGAAAAGGACCUUGAAUUCAGAACACGCUGACAAAGCAAGAUCCUCACUAGGGACUUGUGAGUUUGCAGAUGGGCUGAAGGACCAGGCAGCAGCUCCGGAGGCCACAGGAAGGGCAGAGGGCCCAGCCAGAGCUCCAGAGGCCUUGGGAAGGGCAGAGGGCCCAGCCGGAGCUCCAGAGGCCUUGGGAAGGGCAGAGGGCCCAGCCAGAGCUCCAGAGGCCUCAGGAAGGGCAGAGGGCCCAGCCAGAGCUCCUGAGCUUGCAAGGGCAACAGAAGACCUGGAGGGAGCUGCCAGGCCUGCAGAAAGGGCAGCUGAUCCCACGGCAGCUCCAGAGAUGGUGGCAGAAGCCAAUGGCCCAGCAGCAACUGUGGAACCUAUGGAAGUAGUCAGUGACCCAGCAGCAACACCUGAACAUUUAACAGCAGCAUAUGACAUCCUGCAGGGCACUCCAGAGCCUAUGGAAAUAGCUAAAGAACCAGCAGCAGCAACCCCAGAACUCCCCAGAGUGUCCACCAGGGAAUCACAAAGGCAGCCCCCCGGAGCUGUAACCUCGUACGGCAUUUCUGUUCUGAGAGAAGCUUUCAAGAUCCUGUCGGACUCCAGGGACUCGGACACCCUUUUCACCAAACUGGAUGAAACAGACUUGCCUUCCCCCAAGCAACUGUCUCCUUCUGUAUCCCACAGAACCAAGAGAUGCAGAGAAGCGGAGAAUCAAGCUUCUGAGACCUCAGAGCCUCCUGAAAUACCCCAUAAGAUCAAAAACUUGUUCAGCAUAAGCAAUCUGAUCGUGGAUUUGGACGGCUCAUCCAGCAAGUCGAGCGAGUGCCCCGACUCCUCCCAGGAGCACGUGGUCUCUUCCGCUUCCAAACCUGCUCUGAAAUUGCCUGAUGAGCCCUUGUCUGCCCCGAGUGAGAAGUCCAUCCAAGCAAGGUGGAACAGCUCCUGUGGCACGGAGGAGAAGGACAGCUGGAGUGACGAGGAUGAGCUUUUUGCAAAUGCAGCAUUACUUGAGAAAAGCAAUGUCUCCAAGAACUCCAGCUCCAAGAAACAGAAAUGGACCAUGCAGGAGAGCGAGUGGAUCAAGGAAGGGGUGAAGAAGUACGGAGAAGGGAGGUGGAAAGCCAUUUGCCUCAAGUACCCCUUCGAGAACCGCACCCCAGUGAUGAUCAAGGACCGCUGGCGGACCAUGAAGAAACUGGGAAUCCUCUGAAGUUGGGAGCCACGGGAGAUCC